ACCGUAGAUGCCAUUACUCGGAAGCGAGUAUCCAAGUAAUUUCCAGGAAAAUAUCUGAGUCUACAAACCCUAAUAAAAUACAAAAAUUCGAUCCAAGUUGAUCAAUCAAAGGCAAAAAUCCCCAAAUCACAUCCACAAUUCGAAACAAUUUAUCAACAUGGGAAACACAGAGAAAUUGAUGAAUCAGAUCAUGGAACUCAAAUUCACAUCAAAGAGUCUUCAACGUCAAGCCCGAAAAUGUGAAAAAGAUGAAAAAUCGGAGAAACUUAAGGUGAAAAAAGCAAUAGAAAAAGGUAACAUGGAUGGUGCUAGAAUAUACGCUGAAAACGCAAUCCGUAAACGGAGUGAACAGAUGAAUUAUCUCCGUUUAUCUUCACGUCUCGAUGCUGUUGUGGCUAGACUUGAUACUCAGGCGAAAAUGAGCACGAUUAGUAAAUCUAUGGGCAAUAUCGUCAAAUCACUUGAGUCCUCUCUCAAUACAGGUAAUCUUCAAAAGAUGUCUGAGACGAUGGAUUCAUUUGAGCGCCAGUUCGUUAAUAUGGAAGUUCAAGCUGAGUUUAUGGAGAGUUCAAUGGCUGGAAGUACGUCGUUGUCGACUCCGGAGGACCAGGUUAACAGUCUAAUGCACCAGGUGGCAGAUGAUUACGGCCUUGAGGUAUCUGUUGGGCUUCCACAAGCAGCUGGCCAUGCUAUUCCUACUAAGGAUGCUGAGAAAGUUGACGAGGAUGAUCUAACCAGGCGCCUUGCUGAGCUGAAGGCGCGUGGGUAAUUGAGAAAAUAAAGAUUUUUCAUGUUAAUAAUGAGGCUGCGCAAUUGGUAUAUUGUGACACAGUAUGUGGAGUUCUCUCUAUUUCCUUUUGAAAUGGAACGUCUUUAAUGUAUAUUUUAACUCGCUUUUGUUGGUGGAGUUAUUUUGUUUUGCUUGAUGGUUUGCAGAAUUUUUGUGUUGAUACCUUAAUGUGCAUGUUGGUAUUGUAUACGUUGUCUGGUCGUAUCGUAUCUAAACUGACUUUUUAAUAUAUCUGCUCAUUACCUUUGAA